UAGGAAUGGGUCCGAAACAAAUUUAGUUUGUCAAGACAGUUACGGAGAAGAGUUGAAAACACCUGAUGAUCUCUUGGACAAUCCGCUCCAUAUCUCAUUUAAGUGUCGAAAGAUAAUCUACCUCGAAUCUUGAUUUUUGUUGAGUUCUGUGUUAUUUCUCUGAAGCCUCUCCAAUUGUAAAUCUCAUAUUGUCCAUUUUUAUAGAAAUACUUAUAAAUAACGUAACUAGGUGAUAAGGAAACAUUGCACUAUAUUUUGGAUUGUUUCUAUUCUACUAUUUUGCACUAAAAUAUUGGUGAAGAUGCACACCACGCAGAAGGACACGACCUACACGAAGAUUUUUGUCGGGGGUCUUCCGUAUCACACCACGGAUUCCAGUCUCAGGAAAUAUUUUGAAGUGUUCGGAGAAAUUGAGGAAGCUGUCGUGAUUACCGAUCGACAAACCGGCAAAUCCAGGGGGUAUGGAUUUGUGACGAUGGCUGACCGCUCGGCUGCAGACAGGGCAUGUAAAGAUCCGAACCCCAUCAUCGACGGCAGGAAAGCCAACGUCAACCUGGCGUACCUGGGGGCCAAGCCACGGGUGAUGCAGCCAGGUUUCACCUUUGGGGUUCCACAAAUUCAUCCUGCCUUUAUCCAAAGGCCUUAUGGGAUCCCUGCUCACUACGUGUACCCUCAGGCCUUCAUGCAGCCAAGCACCAUGGUCAUCCCUCACGGCAUGCAGCCCAGCGCAGCCUCUGCCUCCACCGCCUCCUCCCCGUACAUCGACUACACCGGAGCAGCCUACGCACAGUACUCCGCCGCGGCGGCUAGCGCUGCUGCCGCCGCAGCCUACGAGCAGUAUCCCUACGCCGCCUCCCCUGCGGCGGCCGGGUACCUAACCGCAGCCGGUUAUGGCUAUGUUCAGCAGCCCCUGGCUACGGCCGCACCGGGUUCAGCCGUCGCUGCAGCCGCAGCCUUCGGUCAGUACCAGCCUCAGCAGCUGCAAGCUGACCGCAUGCAAUAGCAGCCACUGCAGCCAUUGGACACAAUGGGAUGGGAGGCCCGCGGCCGGCCUCGGCUGAUUGGCUGUGAAGAGGAGAGGACGAUGAAGAGGAAGAGAGAGGGGCCGUGUUGUUAAGUGACGGAGUCGGUAAGAGGGUGAUGAUGAUGAUGGUGAGAACUCCAUACAGUAGCUUUCCAACUUGCUGUGUUUAAACCAAAAAAGAAAAACUUGAUAAAUUCACAAAGCAAAGUAAGGAAGGUGGAUUUAUCCUUAUGAUUAUUAUUGUUGUUAUUAAUAGAAUUAUUACUAUCAUUAUAAUUGUAGUAGAGUAUUUAUUUCUAGAGGAGAAAUGCAACAACUAAUCACAGUGGUUGUAGCUUGGUGUAAAACAUGACUUUAUGUUCCAUUGCUGUCAUUAACAUAGGAGAGAGAGCGUUCUCUUUAUGGGACACUUAGACGUGUCCCGAAGUGCCCUUGCAACCUAUAUUUACUAUCACAUUUCGAGGGCUCUUGUCCUUUUGUCUUUUCAAGUGCAUUGAAGUAAAUGUUGUGAUAAUCAGGGAAAUGUACCAGUUUCCAGUGUGUUAGUAAAGACGACCUCUGCAUGUCAGGGAGUAGUUGAAAUAACUGUGGAGAAAAGGAGAAGAUUUGUAGCUCGUGUCACACGUUAAGAACUACCUUUUUAACUUCCUGAUGCUGAAUGUCCCUUUUUUGACUCUGUAUCUUGACCUCUUGACCUAUGCAAAGCAAACAGUUCACCAGGAGACAAAAAAACUGCAGGAAUAACCGAAAAUGCCGUCAACUCUUCAAAGGGCAUCACAAACAAUAUGAAGGCAACUCACAGAGAGAGAAAGAAAAGCAUGUUUUCAGACAAUGAGAAGCACCAAAUCAGUUAGUCUCAAACACAUACGCAUGGCUGCAUGCAAACACACGCACACACACACACGCAUACACAAUUGCGUACAUAGUGGUAAAGGACAAUGGGCCCAGUCGUGCUCUCUGGCUCUGUGCAAUGGGAUCUAGUCAGAGAGAAAGAGAGCGGGAGGGAGGGAGAAAGAGAGGGAGGGAGAGGGAGAGAGAGAGGGAGCAGCUGGGGAGGGGGCUGGCGCAGUUCGCCCAGCGCCACACAGACGGAUCACUCUGGAAAUAACGCAUCACUUGUCCUCAUUUGUUGAGCUGUCACAUUUUAAUCCCGGGGCCCAUUUGGGAACUGUCUCUCCUCUGUCCUGCCUGCCUGCCUGCCUGGCCCUGUCAGCACUUCCACCUCUGUCCUCUCUCCUCUGUCCUCUAUCCUCUGUCCUCUAUCCUCUGUCCUCUAUCCUCUGUCCUCUCUCCUCUGUCCUCUCUCCUCUGUCCUCUCUCCUCUGUCCUCUAUCCUCUGUCCUCUAUCCUCUGUCCUCUAUCCUCUGUCCUCUCUCCUCUGUCCUCUCUCCUAGAGCCGACCGGCUGGGCUGGUGUCAGGUACACACACACUUCCCUCCUAUGCUAACCCUCACCAGCCCCCUGGCCCUGUACCCACUCCUCACAGCCUCACCAGCCCCCUGGCCCUGGCCCUGUACCCACUCCUCACAGCCUCACCAACCCCCUGGCCCUGGCCCUGUACCCACUCCUCACAGCCCCCUGGCCCUGUACCCACUCCUCACAGCCUCACCAACCCCCUGGCCCUGGCCCUGUACCCACUCCUCACAGCCCCUGGCCCUGUACCCACUCCUCACAGCCUCACCAGCCCCCAGGCCCUGUACCCACUCCUCACAGCCCCCUGGCCCUGUACCCACUCCUCACAGCCUCACCAGCCCCCUGGCCCUGUACCAACUCCUCACAGCCUCACCAACCCCCUGGCCCUGUACCCACUCCUCACAGCUUCACCAACCCCCUGGCCCUGGCCCUGUACCCACUCCUCACAGCUUCACCAACCCCCUGGCCCUGGUCCUGUACCCACUCCUCACAGCUUCACCAACCCCUGGCCCUGUACCCACUCCUCACAGCCUCACCAACCCCCUGGCCCUGGCCCUGUACCCACUCCUCACAGCCUCACCAACCCCAUGGCCCUGUACCCACUCCUCACAGCCUCACCAACCCCCUGGCCCUGUACCCACUCCUCACAGCCCCCUGGCCCUGUACCCACUCCUCACAGCCCCCUGGCCCUGUACCCACUCCUCACAGCCUCACCAACUCCCUGGCCCUGGCCCUGUACCCACUCCUCACAGCCUCACCAACUCCCUGGCCCUGGCCCUGUACCCACUCCUCACAGCCUCACCAACUCCCUGGACCUGGCCCUGGCGCUGUACCCACUCCUCACAGCCUCACCAACUCCCUGGCCCUGGCCCUGUACCCACUCCUCACAGCCUCACCAGCCCCCUGGCCCUGUACCCUGGAGUGGUGAUGGGGGAUGUAGAGAAGGGGUGGGGGGGUGGGGCUGCAGGGGCUUGACAUAUGAAUCUAUGGGUUCUUAGUGUGCCUUACAUUUGUAUUGCUAUUUAAGAGAGUAAGAAAGGAGAUGUACUAUUUAAGAUAUUUAUUUUGAGAUUGGACUAUGUUCUAUGCGCUCUAAGGACAGAGGCUUAGUGAUGGUACUCUGUUCAUUUUAUUAUGUAUUCAUCUCAAGGUAUAUAAGUUAUUGAGUAGGUUUAGUUGUAUUAUAAUUAUUAUUAACAUACUCAACCAAAAAUGUUAAUGUAGGAUUUAUAUAAGAUACAAUUCUGUAUGUGCACUGUACAAUUAUACUUUUUGCCUUUUGAAAUCUUAGAAUAAAUAUUGGUUAGUUUAA